AUGUUUAAGAAUAUGCAAAACAAAGGUAUUGUAAACAAGCAAGAGGUAACCCACACAGAACUGAAAUUUCCCAGAUCUCAACAGAAGCAAAGAAGACCCAAAACAAAUGAGAGAAAUGUCAUAUCAAGUGAACAACAAGCAAGACACAAGGAACCAAAAUCACACAGAUUUUUUCUCUUUCAGUACAGAAAAUGGUUUAGAAAAAAAAGAAAAGUGUCACACCACCGAUCUACAAAGUGGCAACUGUUAGCUUGGAGUCUAGGGAUCUUGUGUGUGGUCCUGAUGAUAACACUGCGUGUCUUGCUUGCAAACUUAUUUUCUAGCACAGAAGACCAAAACCAAAAAAUAUCAACUAUUCCCACUCUAUCUUCUAAAACUGGUGAAUGUUCCUGUGACCAUUGUUCAACUCACUGGAUUGGAUUUGGAAGUAGUUAUUAUCAUCUUUCGAGUAAACCCAAAACCUGGAUGGCGAGCCAUGCUGCCUGUGAAGAGCUAGAUACCCACCUUCCAAAGAUCGAUAUCAAGGGAGAGCUGGAAAUUUUAUCAGUGCUUGAAGUAAAAGGAUGGAUAGGUCUCAAAUUCAGUGAAACAAGUGAAUCCUGGUUAUGGGAAGAUGGCACCACAGUAACUGAAAACCUGUUUGAAUUCCUGAAAAUGGAGAAAGAUGGUUGUGCAUAUAUUGAUGGAAAUUUUGUUUAUGCUGCUAACUGUUCAUCUCGGAAAAGUUACAUGUGUGAGUUUAGUGUAUAG